UUAGCAUUUCCGGACCACGUCACCCGCGGGUACCGUCGGUUGGCAAGCAUCACGUGCUGCGGGGAAAGCUAUCGAUUGAUUUGAUUGUAUUGCAUCUUAUCUGCUGCCAUCUGCUGAAAGCUUCAACGCUCUCUUGGCUUUUCUUCCUUGUGGAUUCAUCUGCUCUUUGGAUCUUUCUGUCGCCACACUUCGCAUCUGCGUCUCCUCUAGUUACUCUCGUGCUUGGCCAUGCUGCGGUUGCCUGUGCAGGCCCGAGGCGCCCUCGGGGCGCACCGCAACUCCCUCCUCCGCUAUCGGCAUGCGCCGAAGCCGCAAGUUCAACCUGUACGCUGUGGAUUCGCCAGCUCGUCCACCACUUUCCCUACCUUCUCUCAAUUCGAUCGAUCAGACUUCACAAACCAACCGUGGACAGGCAGUUAUGAGCCGGGACUCCCAACAGCUGGACCGCUGGGGUCAACUCCGGCAUUCGGAGCACCCCGGGUUACCCCCAGAACAUUGAAGCAGUACCUGGACCAGUUCGUCGUUGGGCAGGAUCGCGCAAAGAAAAUACUCAGCGUCGCUGUAUUUAAUCACUACCAACGGGUACAGGAGCUUCAACGGCGUGAGGAGGAAACCGCAGAGAGGCUGGCCAAACGUGCGCGUCGAGAAGCGAUCGAACACCACCCGGUUGAAGAUGAAUUCCCAGGCCAACAACAAACUGUUCGUCUACCUCCCGAGGCGGACCCGUUAUCACCUGCGUCAGCACAACCCGAAUUUGAGGAUUCGUCGCCCUUGGAAUUAGAGAAGUCCAACAUCCUUCUAUUAGGACCGUCCGGCGUUGGCAAGACGCUGAUGGCCAAGACGCUCGCGAGGAUAUUAUCCGUACCAUUUACCAUUUCAGAUUGCACCCCGUUCACGCAGGCUGGCUACAUUGGGGAAGAUGCAGAAGUAUGCGUUCACAGGCUUCUAGCUGCUGCCAACUAUGACGUCGAGCAGGCGGAGCGUGGUAUCAUUGUCCUGGAUGAAGUGGACAAGAUCGCCGCAGCAAAGGUCAGCCAUGGGAAGGAUGUCAGCGGUGAAGGGGUGCAGCAAGCUCUCCUCAAACUCAUCGAAGGCACGACAGUGCAAGUUCAGGCGAAACAAGAGAGAAACGCGCCUCGCGUCAGCAGUCCGCCCAACAAUUUUCCAUCCAACAGCCCCCUUGGAAACUCCCCGUUCACCCCCAGCGGCGGGAACCCGCCUCAAAAAGGCGAGGUUUAUAACGUGCGAACGGACAAUAUCCUCUUUAUUUUCUCCGGUGCCUUCGUCGGAUUGCACAAAGUCAUCAUGGACAGGAUAUCGCGCGGCUCCAUAGGAUUCGGGCAGCCCGUCCGAAGUUCAUCAACCAUCAGCGAGCGAUCCAAAGCAUCUGGCUCUGCAAGUAAUCAGCCAAUUCCCAUACUUCCGGGCUCCGAGGAAGAGGCACUGUACAAGAAGCAUCUCCCAUUCUUCGCCUCAGCCUCUAGCGGGACCCCAGAUGGCGAACCAACGUACUUCAACGCUUUGGACCUUCUCAACCCCACUGACCUACAGAACUACGGCUUCAUUCCCGAACUCGUAGGUCGAGUCCCGGUCACCGCUGCCCUAUCCGCUUUAACCACGCCGCUACUGGUUCGGAUUCUCACAGAACCCCGCAACUCGCUCCUAGCCCAAUACAUCACGCUAUUCUCCCUCUCAGGUAUUGAGAUAUGUUUCACCACUCCAGCCUUGCACAAAAUUGCCGCCAACGCCUUCACAAUGGGCACGGGGGCUCGUGCCCUCCGAACUGAACUAGAAACCAUUCUCAGCGACGCCAUGUUCGAAACCCCAGGCUCCAGCGUGAAGUUCGUCCUCGUGACCGAAUCCGUCGCGGAGCGUAAAGAAAAGCCUAUCUAUCUAGCGCGCGGCCAGGGCGGACGAUUCCACUCUCUCAUCGCAGCGGAGGAAAGCAAGUGGGAGGAAAAGGUACGACGCGAAAAGGCGGAUAAGGGCAAAGAGAAGAAGACGAAGUCGCAGUUCUCAGAUGAAUUUCCCCCGAUUUCUAGUUUCAGGGAAUACCGUACCCGAGCGGCUGGGUCCUAAAACUCCGAUAUUCUGUAAAUUUGGAUGAUGUCCUUUGCAUUGCUCGCUUCUCUUUCUUGUCUGUGUCACGUUAAGCGAUUAGUUCAAUAGCUGGUUGUACUGGCGUUUAUGAGUCAAUGUUUGGUUUGUUUGGGCUUUAAAUGCUUUUUAUCAUUACUACCUUGAGAGUUGAGCGUCAUCGUCAAUAUCAUGGAUAAGUG